GCCGUACCCCGGCCCAAUUAAACGAUUCCUCGUAUACCCAGAAAUCCCAAUUGCCUAUAAAAAUAAUAGAAACCCUAAAAAUCUCCACCUCUUACUCUCUCUCGCUCUCACUCCGCAGCUCUCUCGCUCUUCAGGAAAAACCACCGGAAGACCAAGCAAUGGCAGUCACAUUCUUUGACGUGAACUCAGCUGCCGGCCUGAAGAAACUUGAUGACUACUUGCUUUCUCGCAGUUACAUCACUGGCUAUCAGGCUUCCAAAGAUGAUAUCACUGUGCAUGCAGCUCUUUCCAAGGCCCCGUCUUCGGAAUUUGUGAAUGUGUCUAGGUGGUACAACCACAUUGCUGCUCUUCUUAGGAUUUCUGGUGUUUGCGGAGAAGGAUCUGGUGUCACUAUUGAGGGAUCUGCUCCCGUAACCAGGGAAGCAGUUGCUACUCCUCCUGUUGCUGACACUAAGGCCUCAGCUGCUGAGGAUGACGAUGACGAUGUUGAUCUUUUUGGUGAAGAGACCGAAGAGGAGAAGAAGGCUGCUGAAGAGCGUGCGGCUUCCAUCAAGGCAUCUACAAAGAAGAAAGAGUCUGGCAAGUCAUCGGUUCUGUUGGAUGUGAAGCCAUGGGAUGAUGAAACUGACAUGAAAAAGCUUGAGGAGGCUGUAAGAAGUGUCCACAUGGAUGGCUUGCUUUGGGGAGCAUCCAAACUCGUAGCUGUUGGGUACGGGAUUAAGAAGUUGCAAAUAAUGAUGACAAUUGUUGAUGACCUGGUCUCUGUUGAUACUCUCAUUGAGGAGCAACUUACUGUUGAACCAAUUAACGAGUAUGUCCAGAGUUGCGACAUCGUAGCCUUCAACAAGAUAUGAUUGGAGCUUGCGGAUGUGUAUUUUGUUUCUGGCGGUAUGAUUUGAGACAUUAUAUUUGGUUUUGAUGUAUUAGUAUUCCCUUGAUGAAUAGUUUCCGAGGCUGUUUGCUUGUUUGGUAUGGUUUCAGUUACUGUUGAAAACAUAAUUUCAGUUUUGUUAUGGUGGUUUUUGGUAGCUUGUUUCUUGACUUCGAUGUUGAUCCUUUUAUUUCUCACAAGAAUUCAGUGCUUGUCAAUCCUUUUGAUCUUUCUCAAAGAACUUGUUAGAAAAGUCUUUUAAUAAGAGUGAAUGGAUUGCGUUUGUUUC